GAGUGUAGUGCGUCUCUCCCCAGCAGUGGCCGAGGGACUGGUUCACUGUGACAGGAAGCUGUGGGACUCCUGCACGCUAGCGUGUGAUGAGCACAAGGCGCUGAACAGACCAUGCUGCAGACUAUCUACGAGGGUGAGCCGCGCCUCCCUACCGACAGGCUCCGCAGCCACCAGCGGUUCCUGGCAUCACACAGUGCGCACAUCACCGAUGGCUCAGCGGAACUUAAACCGGAGGUUUCCGCCGGCCUGGACCCGGUCUCUCCGCUGGACCUGCGCACCGACAGGAUGCUGGGCUCGCCGACGUCCGACCCCGACGUGUGGGAGAAGCGGCUGCAGGACGAGCUGAUCCUCAUUCAGAAACAGCAGCAGAUCCAGAAGCAGCUGCUCAUCAGCGAGUUCCAGAAGCAGCACGAGAACCUGAUCCGGCAGCACCAGGCCCAGCUGCAGGAGCACCUCAAGCUCCAACAGGAGCUGCUGGCCAUGAGGCAGCAUCAGGAGCUCUUGGAGAAGGAGCGACGGCUGGAGCAGCAGAGCAAGGAGCAAGAGGUGGAGCAUCACCGCCGGGAGCAGCAGAUGCUCCUGCUGAGGAGCAAGGAACGGGCCCGGAAAAGUGCAGUGGCCAGCACGGAAGUGAAGCAGAAACUUCAGGAGUUUUUGCUGAGUAAAUCAGCUAAGGAUCCCGGCAUCAACGGCGUCAGUCACUCACUGGCCCACCAUCCAAAGCUCUGGUUCACAGCUUCCCAUCACACGUCUCUGGAGCAGAGCUCUCCUCCAUUGGGAGAGACAUCGCCUUCCUACAAGUACACGCCACCCUCAUCGCUGGACGGCAAGGACGACUUCCCGCUGAGGAAGACAGCCUCCGAGCCCAACCUGAAGGUACGCUCCAGAUUAAAGCAGAAGGUAGCAGAGAGGAGGAGCAGCCCACUGCUGAGGAGAAAAGACAGCGCUCCAUACAAGAAGAGAACACUGGAACUGAUAGACUCUACCUCCAGGAGUGAUACUCCAGGAACUGGGCCCAGCUCUCCUAACGGGGCCUCCAGUGCCUUGGGAGGUGAAAACGGGCCUUCGUCCUUACCCGCCAACACACAGACUGAGUACUGGCCAGUUCAUCAGAGGAUACUGAAACCUGAAGAUUCGAUGACUUUGCUGAGUCUCUAUACCUCCCCGUCGCUUCCCAAUAUCACCCUGGGCCUCCCGUCUUCAUCUUCACCUCUCAGUGCUGGAGUGGUGCUGAAGGAGAAAGCCGGUGAAGGUGGUGGUAUGGGCGUGUGUAUGGCAAGGCAAGCCCUCCCUGCACACUUCCUUGGUACGGUCCCCCUGCAGUCCAGCAUGUCCUCCAGCAGCUUGGAUUCCAAAGUGAGCAGCAGCCACCAGGCACUUCUGCAGCACCUCCUACUGAAGGAACAGAUGCGCCAUCACAAAAUCCUUUCUGGCCCCGGAUGUAUCUCUGCAAACCCUCAGCACCUCGGCGUCUCCGCAAAGGACAGGGGAGCCCCUGGCAUCCGCCAGAAAGUACCCCGCCACCGUCCCCUGCACCGCACACAGUCGGCACCACUGCCCCAGGGCACGCUUGCCCAGUUGGUCAUCCAGCAGCAGCACCAGCACUUCCUAGAGAAGCAGAAGCAAUACCAGCAUCAGGUCCACAUCAACAAGAUGCUGUCUAAGUCCAUAGAACAGCUGCGUCAGCCAAGUGCCAACCUGCCAGAGUCUGCGGAGAAGGCUGAGAAGGAGGAGGAGGAGGAGGAUGCGGAGGAGGAGGAGGAGGAGGAGGAGGAGGACACCAAGGCACGAGCUGUGUGGGAGGACAGGGCCCCACCCGGUGGCGUCAUCCGGAACUGCAGGAGAAACAGCGGCAGCGGUGGCUCCGAUGGAGAGAUACCCCCAGCGAACCCGGGGGCGGUCAAGGUCAAGCAAGAGACACCCGAAAGUGAAGAUGAGGGGACGGCCAAGCGAAGCACUUACCUGCGCCAGGUGGAGGGCAAAGAUUUUGCCCAGAGGUUGGUCAUAAGGGCCAUAAAUUGAAGCAGUGAGCGAGAGAUCGCUGCCAGACCCAGACCCCCAGAAAACACACAAAAAACUAAACUCCCAAAAAACAGAACUGCUGAUGGACUUGUGUCCAACUCCCAGAGUCCAGUUUCUGUUGAACUCGUGACAUGGUCUCUGUAUUGUGUGCUUUGAGUCACAUCCACUAUAACGGAAUGAGAUUCCGCCGCUCAUUUUUGUGAGGAAUGGCUUCUAUUGUUGCACACCUGUAUUUGGCUGAGGAUCUCCCUCUCUAAUCAGUGUUCACGUUUAACAAACACGUCUGUAAUACAUUCUUCUACCAUAGUGUUUUCACUACUUUGUACUUCCCAGAGAUUUAUUUUUUUUAACCAAAUCAUUGUUAGCACUGAUCGCAUCAUGGGCUUAUUGAGAAUAAUUCUUAAAUAUUAAAAAAUGUGCACAUUGUGACUUUUCCAGGCGUCUCAAGGAAACGCACAUGCUUAUGAUUUAAUAAAUAUAUUUAAAUUUGGAUUCUUAGGCAGUCUCUAUAGUGAAUGUAUUUGCCUUUCCUAUAGAGCCGUUGAAACACGGAACACCUGUACACAUGUGCGGUAACUCCUGGCAGUUAUGCCAUAGGAGAGGUUCGAAAGUGUCAUGUAACAGGCCAACAAUGAGCACCAGAACAGGUCCAGGGCUGAGCUCCUCUCCUGGGCCUAAAUCAAAGCUUAGUCAUGCCCCCCACCCCUCCCCACCCCACCCCACCCCACCCCACCCCCACAUCCAGAGGAGACGUCCAAGAGAAGAAGGCUGUGCAGAAAAUGCCUUCUGGAACCAGAGAGCCAAAGUGAUUCAUGUGCGUAGGAAUGCAGGAGAGGAGGUCUGUGGGUUUGGAAGCAAGAGGGUGGGGGGAGGCUUUAGCAUUGAUUUACUGUCAGGACAAAUAACGGAGCGGGCGGGGAAACGGUUAGGGUGCUUUUUUCAGCAGAACGCUUCCGUCGUAUUCCCUUGUGCUGUGCUCACCUCGUCGGGCGGGACCGAGGCUGUACCCCUCUUCUUCCCGUCCACGUUGCUCGUCGUCGUUUGCGGUCUCUCCUCUCUGACUGUAAGCAUGAGACUUAAAAUCCGUCGGUCCUCUUUUGUGUAUCUGUGAUCUCUCUCCUGUUUUUCACUGUAGAUAUUGCCAUUGUGAAGCAGUUCCGUGGGGGGGUGGGUGAGGUGUGGUGAAUUGUGGUAUCUGUAAAAGAUGCAAAGACGUGGGCCGUGCUGAGAAGGCUAAUGUUCCCGUGCAUCUCGUGAAUAAGGCUGUGCUGUAUAUGGCUUCAGGCAGACCCCUCACAAACAGGCCCGUGUCUGUGCUUCCCUUCUGUUUCCUGCAGCGGGAUUCCUCCGCUGUCAGCACUCGUUUCUGCUUUGUGUUCUUUACCGUUUCUACAGUAUUUGUUCCCUUUUUGCCUUCUG